AGAGUCAGAUACAGAGCGCAUUCCCACAGUAAGUAAGCCCAUACUACAUUCUCAUUCUGGAACCGUCCUCUCUCUGAGGCAAAGCCAAAAAUCAUCAGAUCUCUUUCGAUUUGCUUGCUUCGUGCUUAGAGCUUAAACAUGGUUGGAAUUUUCUCAAGGUUCUCCUCCAGGAACGGUCAUCGUCGCGCUCAAAGUGCAAUUGAUGCGAGGGAAGGGUUGCCUUCAGCUUCAGAGGCAACAACGGGUACCAUUGCAACAGCUGCAUCUAUAUCUUCUGUCACCCAUGGUAUUGAAAUUGCUACCGAGUUUAAGCCAAUUGACCGCCCCUUAGAGCCUUUUGACAAUGACCAACCAGUUCAAUGUCCAUUGCCCGAGCCAUCAAUUCUCAAUGAUGGAAGAAUAUGGAAGGAGAGAGUAUCUUCUGUUUCACAAAGGAGAAGUGAUACGCCGGCCAUGCAGAAGCGAACCUCAACUGGAUCUGAUACUCUCUCGAGAAAACCUCCACUAGUGCCAUCAAUCAGUGCCCCGGAGCAUAAUAUGCUAAAAUUGCUAGACGAGUGCAAUGCAUCUGGGAUAUAAUGUUACAAUAAUUGAUCACAAUCUCUUUUGCAGAAGAAUAGCUGUACUAAGCCGUGAUCAUCUUUUCUUUGGAGCCUUGCCUCUGUCAUAUAUCACAUCCAGUUCCACUCGUUUCAUAUAUCACAUGUCUCAGAAUUUUUUGCCUCAGCUAAUGGUCGCUGCAUCUCAAUUAUCUGGUACUACUUUGAGGUACAGGUUACAUACAACUCACGAGGAGCAAUGUCAUUAUGUCAGAAGCACAAGUACACAUCACAGUUGCUCCGACUGUUAGUAUGUAGUAUGUAGUAUGUUCGAUGGUUCAUCAAUGGCGAUAUGAUCUCACAUUUUGUGGUGGUUGAGAAGUAGAUGAAACAGCAAAAACUGGCAAAGGCUCCUUUUAUGGCAUUUUGAAGGUGGGAGUGGCACAUCAUGGAGAUAUGAUAUCACAUUUUGGUGCCUCUUUUGUUGAUUUGCCUUCUUGGUUAGGUCCUUUUGGUAUCGGUGCCGUGAUUUUAUUUGGGAACUCAACUAGUUGAGUGUACGUAACGAUUUCUUUUCUAUGCAAUCAGAUAAGUUAAUUAA